AUGGGGGCUGCGGUGAUUCGCGGGAUCAGGAAUUUCAACCUGGAGAACCCAGCGGAAUGGGAAAUCAGCAAGACGAAGCCGUCUCCCACUCCCAGUCACCCCUCCACCAACAGCCUCCUGCAAGAGCAGAUUAGUCUCUAUCCAGAAAUUAAGGUAAAGAUUGCUCGUAAAGAUGACAAGAUGCUGUCAUUUCUAAAAGAUGUAUAUGUUGAUUCCAAAGAUCCUGUGUCUUCCGUGCAGGUAAAAGCUGCUGAAACACGUCAAGAGCCAAAGGAAUCCAGAUUGCCCAAAGGCCAUCACUUUGAUAUAAUAAAUAUUAAGAGCAUUCCCAAAGGCAAAAUUUCCAUUAUAGAAGCAUUGACACUUCUCAAUAAUCAUAAACGUUAUCAAGAAACAUGGACUGCUGAGAAAAUAGCGCAAGAAUACCAUUUAGAACAGAAAGAUGUGAAUUCCCUUCUUAAAUAUUUUGUUACUUUUGAACUCAAAAUCUUCCCUCAUGAAGACAAGAAAGCAAUACAAUCAAAAUGA